UCCAUCAUGAACUGGAGACUCUGUGGCAUUCUGGUGGGGAUGGCCUGGACAGGGGGCUUCUUGCAUUCCAUCAUACAGAUUCUCUUUACUUUCCAGYUGCCYUUCUGUGGACCUAAYRUCAUUGAUCAUUUCAUGUGUGACCUGUACCCAUUACUGGAGCURGCCUGCACURACACUCAUGUCCUAGGCCUUCUGGUGAUCGCCAACAGUGGGUUWAUCUGCAUCAUCAACUUCUYCUUGUUACUUGUAUCCUAUGGCRUCAUCUUGUUCUCCYUGAGAACACACAGUGCUGAGGGGCGGAGGAAAGCUCUAUCCACCUGUGGAUCUCACRUUACUGUUGUGGUUUUGUUCUUUGUCCCAUGCAUAUUUAUAUAUGCACGGCCUCCAUCUGCCUUCCCCUAUGACAAAAUGGUAGCCAUAUUUUACACCAUCCUAACUCCCUUGCUUAAUCCUUUGAUUYACACUUUCAGGAAUAAGGAAGUAAAAAAUUCCAUGAGGAAAGUGUGGAAGAGACUGGUAGUUGUUUUUGAUGAAAGGUAG